GAAUGGCCUUGCGCAUGCGCCUUGUCUGAAAUCCACGUGUCCUUCCUGUAGUGAGACAGUCCACGUAAACUCCAGGCGGAAAGACUCGAGUAUUAAGAGAAAGACAGAAAAUGGAAGCAGCUGUAUUUCAGCCUUUCCUGGAUUCUAUUCAGAAAGAAUUACAGGCACAGGACCCCGCUGUUCUCGCGGUGCUCGUCGCACUGGUGGUGGUCAUAAUCUCCAUAAUUUUCAUGAAGAUUGUUUGGGGUAGAAAAACCACCAGGAGUGCAGUGCUGUUGGUUGGACUCUGUGAUUCUGGAAAAACUCUCAUCUUCAGCAGAUUACUGUCGGGAAAAUUUAAGAAGACCCAGACCUCCAUUACUGACAGCUCUGCCAUAUACAAUGUUAAAAGUGAAAAGGUGACAAGUCAAACAAAGGGUCGUGGUUUUACACUGAUUGAUCUUCCUGGUCAUGAGAGUCUGCGGCCUCAGUUUGUGGAGAGGUUCAAGUCUGCUGCCAGGGCUGUUGUGUUUGUCGUGGACAGCGCUGUGUUUCAGAAGGAACUGCGAGACGUGGCCGAGUUCCUGUACUCCCUCCUCACCGAUGCUGAAAUUGUGAAGAAUGCCCCAGCUCUGAUGGUCACCUGCAACAAACAAGAUAUCACAAUGGCAAAGUCUGCUAAAGUUAUUCAACAGCAAUUGGAAAAGGAACUCAACACCCUGCGAGUGACCCGCUCAGCAGCUCUGAGCACUCAGGACGGUUCUACUGCUGGAGGCACUGUGUACCUGGGCAAGAAGGGCAAAGAUUUUGAAUUCUCUCAGCUACCCAUGAAGGUGGAGUUUGUGGAGUGCAGUGCCAAAGGGUACAAGGCAGAGGAUGGAGAGGCUGACAUUGAGCAGCUUGAGAAGUGCCUGGCUAGGAUUUCAUGAGCUGACUACAUGGUGCGCCUCACAUCAACAGGGUUACAGAUAGAGCUGGCUAUUGGUCUCCCUCUAUCCGAAUGCAUGCUCUUGACAUCACAAAGCAGCAAUAGAAAAUAAUGGCUUAACAUUGUACACCCCAAGCCACAAUAAGUAUGGCUUCAGAUGAUAAGUGUCCUGCUGAACAUAUUUUAUGGAUGGGCAAAGGAUAUUUUAUUCUCUCUUGCUUUUUUUUCUAUCUUGUCCUGCAACUACUCAGCAAAACUAUUACAGUAAACAGAUAAAUAAACCUUUAUUAUUUAUCUUUUAGAACUGUAUAUACCAAAAGAAACAACCAAUAAAAUCAUCAGUGUUAACUUGUAUUUGUCUGGUGAAUGAGCUGUUUGUCUGGAUUUGUUUUGAGGCUUAUUCUUAAUUUGAUUUGCAUUUGGGGUUUUCUUUGCCUUUAAAACAACACAACAUGAAUUUAUUUUUGAGCAUGUGCAACAGUAGACAUAAUGCAUUGUUGUGUAUGGACAAGUUGCAACAUAAGACAUUUGACCCGUGCCAAAUGUGAACAGGGUAGACUAUAAAUGAAAUGUAUGUGUUUUUAGAAGAUGUGCAGUGCAGCCUCCCUUAAACCCGGCAGCAUGUAACUUCAAGGUGUUGAAUACAAGACAGUGAAAUGCCAUUUGACAUUACAUUGUGUAAAUAGGAAAUUAUUACUAGUUUAAUGUAUGCCAAUACCUUUUACAAGGAGGUACAUCCUCCACACUUAUAUGUUUUAUUCACUGUCUGACCCGUUUGGCAUGUUACGUGUGUCAAAUCUCUAUGAAAACUGAACCCAGUCCUUUCAAUGGAUCUCAACUCUGCCUUUAUCAGUGGGUAGAGAAUGUGAGCAAGGACAGCUGUGGCUGUCGUAGAAGGUAUUAGUCUUAGCAAAAAACAAACCUGUUUAAAACAAAGACAGUUAAGCUGAUGAUCUGUUCUGAAAAAUAAUUUAUUUUUUAUUUUUACUUCUGUUAAAAUCAAUAAAGCUCAUUCAGUAACUGCUGGUGGUAAAUGGGGAAGAGGGAUAGCUUGCAGAGCUGUCCACAAAGAUUAAUCAAAGAUGUUAUGAUCAUUUCCAUGAAGACCCAUUUUAUAUGAUCCCUUGAGCUUGUGUUAUUAGCAGGUUUGACUUGUACGGUUGCCUUACUCAAAGAGAUCCAGUAUCUAACUCCUUCAAGAGAAAAGCUUGUAAGUUAGGAUUGGAUAUUUUAUUACUAUGGAUAGAGGUCUUUUUUUGCUCAGAAAUUUCUUAACUGCUGUUUUUUGUUUUUUAUGCAAUAAAGUGUAAUUUAUUUAAAUCUA